AUGGCAGCCUCGGUUCCUGCCAAAAAAUCUACUCCAGACAUGCCUGUCUUUUCAUAUGCACAGGCCGCAAAGGGCCUCACCAGCUCGACAUCCGAUACCAAGCAGACCAAGCCAGAUGCUGGCGCCAGCUCUGUCGACGAGAACACCGCAGACCAGAAAAUAGCCACCACUGCCGCCGUGGCGGACCAGUCAGCGGCUCAGCAGAGCUCUGAGGUGAAGAAUGGACCUGCUUCCGCCGACGGCGAGGCCUCAGCUCCAGCAAAGACUGCCGUCUCUGAACGCGCAUCACCCUCUCUGGGACCGUCGACUACCUCUACGCUAGUCAAAGAAGACGAUAUCUCCAUCACCCCUAACGGCACCGCUUCAGAGUCCGAAUGGGAGAAACAGUCCCAGGUGUCCACCGCUGCAGACAAGGAGAAGGCCAGCCAGGCCGCGGACGACGACAAGGCCAAGUCUGAGGCCAGCUGGGAGAACGUCACUCCACCGCCAAAGGAGCUCAAGGCCGCUCCACCACCAACCGUCAACAUCUGGCAGCAACGACAGGAGGCCUUGGAGGCCAAGGCAAAAGCCAAUGCGCUGCUGAAGCCCGCGGCUGGCCCCACGACAGCUUCAAAGGGAUCAACCGCCAGCCAGACCUCUGGUGACGCCAGGUCGGAGCACCAUGGCAAGGGUGCUAACAAGAAGAAGGCCUCAGAGGCCGCUGGUACUGCUACUGAUGCGUCUGCGAAUGGACGUGAUAAGAAGAAGCCAAGCGAUGGUAUGGAUUUCUGCUCUUAUUCUCAUAGUGUAAAAUAUGCAUUGGCUAAAAGUCCUCUCUUAGGCUCAAGGAAAGGUGGUGUUCGAUCGAACCGUGGACCAGAGACUGGCGAAUCCCUCCCACCUGUCAACGAUGCCUCAUCAUGGCCUACCCCACAGUUGGCGCAAGGUGAAGACAUGCGCAAAGCUCAAGAACACACAGAGAAGCCCGAAAAGGCUGAAAAGGAGAAACAUUCUAGCACCCGGACCCAUGGAAAGGAAAAGUGGAUGCCUGUUCCAUACGUACCCACCGCUGUUUUCAACACUCCGUUGCCCCCCGCGGCCAGGAGAGGUGGACGAAGUGCCAGGGGAGGUUCUAGAGAAGGAGGACCCCGGGGUGCAGGUCACGCCAGCGGUGAUAGAACCACCCCUUCGUCUGCCUCCAAAGCGUCCUCGGCCGGAGACCGUGAGAAGAUUGACGAACGCGCUACGCCGGAGGCUCAGAAGGGCGCUUCUACUGCUGAUGCAAGCUUGAAAAACGGCGAUGUUACCGAAAAGCACACCUCUGCCUCAACAGAUGCGCAAAAAGAUGCCAAGCCGGCGCAAAACAGCAACAAUGCAGCUACUACGAAUGCAUCGGAAGGGAACACUCAACACUCUCACCCUGCAUCCUCUCAGUCUCCUACUCGACCUCGCCCGGAGUCCAAGACCUAUCAUAAAUCCCAUGAGGCCCACAGCACCUCAUAUAAGGGUGGAGAACACCACUCCUCUCGACAGGCUAGUUCCUCCGCUGAUGGCCAUACUAGCCAUUCUAGAUAUGGUGCGGGCCAUGACAGGCGAUUCGAUGCGGGUUCUAGAUCUGGAGAGUUCUUCAAGGAUUCCAACUACCAGCCAAGAGGUAGAGAAUUCACAAAAGACCGCGAGUUCAACAGAGAUGGCAGAGAUUAUCAGCGCUCUGAGUAUCCAAACAUGGACCGUGAGUCCCGAUCCGAGAGAGGCCGUGGUGGCUACCGCGGUGGACGUGGCGGCCAUUCCAACUAUACCAGCACCACCAGCGGUUCCCAAAGCGCUACUUCAUACCACUCUGCUCCUAUCCCUCAGCAUCCCUUCCCACCCAAGGGCUUCAACUUUAACGAUCGCCAUCGCCCGCAGCCUGCUACCAACGGCGCCCAGCAAGCACAACAGCCACAGCUUAACUCUUCUAGUAAUAGGAUGAGCAUGCGUUCUCCCUCCAUGCCAAACCCAGGCAUGUUUGCUCCUUAUACCAUCCAAACAGACAUGAGCCUCAUGUACCCUUACGCCCAAGCCCCUCAGGGCCCAAUGACUGCCAUGCCCUACCAACCAUACAUGGAAAACUUCUACCUCAUGAGCAUGAUCUCUACGCAACUCGAAUACUACUUCUCCGUUGACAACCUGUGCAAAGACCUCUUCCUCCGCCAACACAUGGACUCCCAGGGCUUCGUGCUACUUAGCUUCAUCGCAUCCUUCAAGCGCAUCAAGUCGCUUACGGAAGACCUAGACCUACUGCGCUUUGUAUGUCGCCAAUUGAGAAAUGUCGAGUACAGAGCUAGUGAUGAUGGAGUCGAUCGACUACGUAAACGUGAGGGAUGGCAGCAAUGGGUCCUUAGUAUGGAGGCACGCGCUUCCUCCGCACAGAAUGAUGGGCCAUCUACUGCCACUGCAGAGGAGUAUGUGCCUACCUCGGCCUCCGCACCACUGCAUAUGAAUGGAAACGGAACAUACAACAAUUUCGUCCCAACGGCCGAAACUGCAUCUGCAGAGGAGGCACCAAAGCGUCAGGCGAAGCUAUCCUCCGCCGCACCAGAGUUUUCGCCGCUUGCAUCCAACGGAACGGGAUCCUUCGAACAGGCCAACUUUACUGAUGGUCAGGUUGAUAGUAACUUUGUUCCUGUGGUACGUCCAAUUGCAUAUUAA